AAACAAAUAACUAGCCUACAAGUAUGUGAUUUUUUCCCCCCCAUUUACGAAUCUGGUUUGAUGUAUGCUAAUCGGUUCACAUGCGUUCACAUCAGGGUUCACAUGUCCUUUAGCUGGUGAACUACUUCCAGGAUCCGACAGUCGUAUAAGAGGGCACAUUUUAAACAAUGGCUGUCCAGAUAUCGGAAUCGGAUCAGAUUAAGCAGUUCAAAGAAUUCUUGGGGACUUACAACAAAUUGACAGAAAACUGCUUCAUGGACUGUGUGAAAGAUUUCACCACCAGAGAAGUCAAACCAGAGGAGACGACCUGUUCAGAAAGCUGUCUGCAGAAGUACCUAAAGAUGACCCAGCGGAUCUCCAUGCGCUUUCAGGAGUAUCAUAUACAGCAGAACGAAGCCCUGGCCGCCAAGGCUGGUUUACUGGCACAGCCCCGCUAGGAAACGGGAGUGGCCGGAGACACGCCUGCAGUCAGACCAUGCCGCUGCUCCCCACAAACUGCAGACUUGACCUGAGUAGAAUGGGGAGGGGGAGCAAGCCUACCUCAAAACCCCAAGCCAACAGUGAAAGGGCAGCCUGUGUGGUCAGACGUGAAUACCCCUCUGGGGGCGAUGACCCUCGAGACAGCUUGGUCCCAGUGGAAAACAUCAAGACGAAUCCCACUGCCGGCUAAGUUGAACUGUUUACUCGUGUGGACCACAUUCUUUUCUUUUAGUACUUGUGAAAUUCAAUAAAAUAUUAAAUUAGCAUCAUCAUAUAAUGAAGGUAUCUGUGA